AUGUGGAAUUUUACUGUCCGUGGAUUAGUGGUACCAAAUGUUGAUGGAAUUGAGGAUUUGUUUGAGUCUAAGGAAACAGCGGAGGAACCUCAGCAUUCAUUAAAGGAUGUGAAAGUGCAAGAUACAUUCAUAGGUGGGUGCAUCUGUUUUAAUUUUUACUAUAUCUACAUGUUUUACAACAACUCUUAACUGCAAUAUUUAGUACACUGUCAGGUAGUUAGCUCUAUGUCCAAUUAAUAUAAUUUCAGUAUUGAAAAAUGGCCUUUGAGCAUUUUGAUUCCCUUGGCUCCCUGAACAGUAACUCUAAAGCAAUAGUUACUGCUCAGACUGCUCUGAGCAGUACAGUAACUAUUGCUUUUCAAAAAACAGAAUGGCUGAAAAUCAGAGGGAAGUAAAUUAUUUAUGCAAAUAAUUUUCAUAAAAUGAACACGUGUAUCAGUUGUAUUUAUAGAUAAAAUUUAUUCAAUACUGAAAUUAUACUAAAACUAUUAGUUGCCUUCGCUCUGUGAUUACAAGCCUAUAUUCACUUCGGCUGAAUAUAUGCUUGUAAUCACUUCGCCUUUGGCGACUAAUUGUUAAAUAGAAUGGCAUUGUUUGCAACUAUAUAUUACCUACUCACUCUCCUCUGCAAAAGCUGUUUGGUUAUGUUCGCCUAUUUAACAGAAUGAGUGAAUAACAGGCGGGCUAACUAAAAUAGCCAAACAACCACAGAGUGUUACAGUACCUGCUACAUCAUCACAAAAAAUAUGUACUGUACAGUAAUAACUGUUCUUUUUUAACAUUUAUGAUUUCAGAGUCACAUCCUGACCAUUUGAAAGUAUGGAAUGAUGUGAAAGACCAUUUUUUUAUUGGAAAUCCUUGACCAAGCAUUGAACACUAUUCCAGACAGCGACAACCCUAUUUCUGACAUGAGCGAAAAAGAUUUCAAUGAUCGGCUGACAAAGCAGGAUUUUUCUGAAAAAAAGAAACCGGUAUAUGACAUUCGUGUACCUAAGCUUCAGAUGCAAUCAAGCCCACACUGAGAAAAGUCUGAUACUUUAAUACUUCCUCUCUCUCUUGAGAACAAUGCUACAACUAAUGGGACUGCAGCGAUAAUUGAAGAGUUUGGUACAGAAUUUGGUGUCCCGUGCGAACACGCAAAGGAAUACCUGCCAUUUGACGAUACAAAUAAGGUAUUUAACAUUGAGGCAGCAAGAAAACAUCAUGUGUUUCUCGCAUCGUUAAAAGAACAUAAGAAGGAGAUGGCUGAGACUAUUCGCAUUUUAAAGAAUGCUGAAAAAGAACUUCAAUUCAAUGUGAUAGAGGAGAAUGACAAUGACAACGUCAACGACGACCUCGAUAAUGUACAUUUUACAGACAUUAACAAACAGAAAGUCAACGCUAAGUUUGACAAUGUUUUCAAAAAUAUGAUGAAGCGUAUGUGGGAAGCCCAGCAAGGUGAUGAAGAAAAGUUUGAAAAUUUUAUUGGCUGGUUGCAUUCCCAUAGAAAUGCCUGGGAAAACGUUAAAGAUUUUAAUGGAAGAACGCUCAUUCAUGCCGCUGUGGAGAAUGACAAUUUGUCAAUGGUAAAAACUCUGGUUUGUGCAGGAGUAAAUAUUAAUGCCAAGGAAAGAUGUGGCGCUACUGCACUCACCAUAGCUGUUAUCAAGAAGAAUGAAGAGAUGUGUAAGUUUCUUCUGGAAAACUUUGCCAUAUGUGAUGAUCAUUUUUUCCCAACGAUCCCUAGUCCACAUGUGAUUGCAAGAAAGCUUGAAUUGGGAGUUGCAAAUCUCAUGGAUGAGAAAUCAAAGGCAGAAAUAGCAACCAACAUUAAAUUAUGGGAAACUGUUCAAAACACAGAAGAGAUUGAACAACAAGAAAGUGUUUCCGAAAAUGAUCAAUCAGAUAGAAAUGAUGAAGCUUACCGAUAUGAAAGGAAAUCCUCUCUUACCUUGUUUGUUGGUGAUCAAGGAACAAAGAAGGUUUUACGCGGAGUUAAGGGACGUUCAGUCUAAUAUCGUCUAUAUAUGUACUUGUAUCUAAUAGAAUGGAGCGUUAUAUACAUGUAGACAUUACCGUAAUUGGCCUUGCAAGUAUUUAAUUAUAUACUAUAGACUUUUAUAAAGUCUGCUUUGUGACGUAGUUUGUGAUAAAUACAGCAAUUUUAGCCAAUCAGGCAAGGAAAUAGUCAUGUGGGGUUUUCCUUUAUCCGCAAACUAUGUCAUAAAGCAGACUUUAUAAAGGUCUAUACAAAUACAAUGUACUGUUAUGGUAUAAAAACACCUAAUAAAUAAAAAAUUUCAAACAUAGGCCAUAUGUAUGUGAAUAUACUGUGUAUAAAUAUGUUAUACUGUAUGAAUGUUUUGUGUAUGUUAAUGUAUUAUGAAUGUAUCAUGUAUGUAGAUUGACAUGUGAAUUCUCUUUGGGUCAACGAGAAAAUGUUUUCAGUCGAGAGAAGCAUUUAAUGUUCAUCCCACAACGAAGCAUAAGGAGCAAGACCCAUUUCCAGACCAGUUGAAAGCUGCUCACUUUGUCCUGGAAAGGAAGUUUGUUACUCCAGAUUUGAGUAGAAGCAAGGUUGAGCAAUUUGGGGAUCCCAAGAAAACUCCUAUACCAAUCUCCAACAUCGAUGCAUAUGAUGCAGGAAAAAGAAAAGUCAUUCAAAAUUUUGAGCAAAAAAAAUUUUCAUUGUACGGAAUAAGCAUAGAACAAAAUGACAGUGAUAAGUCGGAUAACGAAGAAAUGGAUUCAAACUAA